AUGUUGUCCUUCACCGUGCUGUCUUCGAUUUUCUUAGCGGGGGCUGCUGCAGCUGCGAGGGUCCCGCGCAGCGCUGACUGCACCGGCACGAUAUCCUCCUUGGAUGAUGUCUCCAGCGCGCAAAAGUGCUCCACGGUCAAUAUCAAUGGCUUCACCGUGCCCGGUGGGCAAGGGUUCACCCUGUCCUUGGUUGACGGCGCUACCGUCAACCUUAAAGGAGACGUGCUCUUUGGUAACAAGAGCUGGGCAGGACCCCUGUUCACCAUCAGUGGUAAAGGUGUAACGUUCAAUGGCAAUGGCCACAAGUUCGAUGGUGGAGGACCAUUCUACUGGGACGGUCAAGGUGGCAAUGGCGGUGUGACAAAACCGCGCCCGAUGCUCAAGAUCAAAAUGUCGGGUACCUUCACCAACCUGAACGUCGUCAACUCUCCCGCGCAUGUGUUCUCUGUAUCUAACCCCGCCCCGUUGACCAUAUCCAAGGUCAACAUCGACGACUCCCAGGGAGAUAAGCCCAAUUCCCAGAGCGGUAGCAAAGCAGCUGGUCACAAUACUGACGGCUUCGACGUGAGCACCAACGACCUCACCAUCGAGAAUUGCACCGUCAAGAACCAGGACGACUGCAUUGCGAUCAACAAAGGGACCAACAUUGUCUUCAAAGACAACACCUGCUCUGGCGGACAUGGGAUCUCCAUCGGUUCUGUCAAGUCUGACGCGACAGUGUCCGGCAUAACAGUCACCGGCAAUACCAUCAUUAACAACGACCAGGCAUUACGCAUUAAGACGGUCAACGAUGCUACCAACAGCAAGGUGACCAAUGUUACCUACUCAGGCAACACCGGAACCGGGUGCAGGAGGUUCGGUGUCAUAAUUGAUCAGAGCUACCCAGACACCUUGGGAACUCCUGGAGGUGGUGUCGAAAUUUCGGACAUCAAUUUUGUAGGGGCUACCAACUCCAUCAGCGUUGCCAGCGACGCAGAUCGGGUGGCGGUCAACUGUGCUUCAGGAGGCUGCACAGGCACCUGGGAUUGGUCCGCCUUGAAAGUGUCUGGUGGAAAAGCCGGUCCCAUAAAUGGGUUUAGCGGUAUCAAGAACUUUAGCCAGUGA